AUGUUUUGUUAUUUAGAGAGGAGAUCCUUAGGUCUCAACUCUUCAGAGUGUGGUCUAAGUUUUACCCAAAAAACCCCAAUCACAAAAGUGUGGAAAGCCAUUCUGCUUUUGGAGUGCAAACUAUUUGAAUCUAAUGACAUUGACCUCACAGACAUUCCUCAUUACAAUUUUAAUUGCAUCAUCUCGCAAUGCACAUUCUUAAUCGACAAGGUGUAGAUGGAUGAUGAGAGUCUCUACAAGAGAGUGUUGGAGAUCUUGUAGAAGUUGUCUGAAUUCAAAGUCACAUCAGCUUUGACCCUGACUCUGACCAAGUUCGUUUGGGAGAAGAUUUUGAAAUUAAAUCUAUUUCCCAGUAAAUACUUUUCAAUAUUCACCAAUUUCCUUGCUGAAAAAGAUGACGAUCAUUACAUCCUCCAACAUUUCAUUGAAAUUGGUUUGAUUGAAUCCAUGAUCAGCUCCUUGCAAAAUCCAGGAGAUGAAUUUCUAAUCGAGAAAGUGUUUAAAUGUUUCAACAACAUUCUUUACUACCCCAACACUUUCAUCGCUGAAAGAACGAUCUAAGUGUUCCUGCCCUACCUCCACAAUUACUUUACUCAAUACUCAAGCAUUAAAUAAGAAAUCUGCAUAGAAUACUUGUAUCUCCUGCAAAAUCUAAUGAGUCAUCAACAAUUGUCAGACUAUCAUUUGAAUGAGAUCUUCAUUAACCUAGAUUGCUUACAAUACGUUAGCGAUAUAUUGCUUUCCUGUAGCUACUUGACGAAAUUGGUAGCUGAGUUAUUCAUGCACUUCCAAAGAUUGCCAGAACAGUUUAAAUUAGUCAUACUGUAGAAGGUGGAUGCCUAUGAUUUCGUGGAAAUUCUAAACAACCAAGCAAGCAUACUAAAAAACAAGGAUGAUGGAUCUAUCAAUUUAAUAUUGAAUUCUGCAUAUCAUUCUGGGAACACAGUGAUUUUGAAAUAAGUAUUGCUUGAUUAACAGAUUUAUAUUUGUUUUAAUGAUAUAUCUUAUAAUUAGUUAUAAUAAAUAGAAUUCAUGAUCAAUCAAGGUAAUCCAUCUGAGUGA